AUCUCAUUCCAUCAAUCUGCUCCUCUGCAAUAUACUGUAUCACCAUGGAUGUUUCACAGGAACAAGUUUCUAUGACCAGUCACCCUAAUCUUCUUCAGCACCUUAAUAAGAGAAAAGCAACCGACAUGCCAGUACCGUAUCAACAGACAUUUCGUCUCGACAUUGAGAAAACUUUGAAGGCUCUUUAUGUUGUUGGCACGGUGUUGAAAGUGAACCUAAACAGGAGUGCCCCUCCUACCUCCAAGUACUUCUCUGUGCAAUGCAGUCCCAGAGUGCAGUACAGGAUCACCCCACCCCCACCAGAGAGUGGGACCCUCCCCACCACUCUCAAUGGUAAUACAAUGCUUCUCAUCACCAUGGACACUGCCAGCGAAGUGGGAAAUGAUAGCAAGCUAUCGGUCAUGUAUUAUGGAGAGAAGACGGAGGUGUUAGGGAAAGCUGUCGUUCACCUCACCGCUGUUGAGAUUUCUCUGGAUGUAGAUGCUGAUCGAGAUGGCCAGGUGGAGAGGAACAACCCCAACAAGGGAUCGUGGAUGUGGGGGCCUAAUGGCCAUGGUGCCAUCCUACUGGUCAACUGUGACUCAGAACACACCUAUGGGAAAAGGCGGGACAGUGAGUGUGCGGAGGUCACGAGAGUCUCAGAUCUGAAAGACAUGUCCCCAAUGGUGCUGCGGACCAGUGGCCCUGCCAAGCUCCCAGAGGGCUACAAGCUGACCAUGCACAUCUCCCAGGGGGAUGCAGAGAGUGUCAGGGUCUUCAGAACCAGGUCCACAGCAGGCAUGCACCAAACACUGAAAAACCUGUUCUACAAGAGCUUUGUGAAGGACUACCCACUGGUGCUGGGCAGUGAGGAUUUGUCCAAGGAGGUCCCGUACCUCGGGGGAAACGCUGAGAUGAAUUUCUACGUCGAGGGCCUGAGGUUCCCUGACAAAGACUUUGAGGGCCUCAUCAGCAUCAGCCUCAGCCUGCUGGAGCCCAGCUCUCCGGGCUUCCCUGAGACGCCUAUCUUUACAGACAGGGUGGUGUUCCGUGUGGCUCCCUGGAUCAUGACACCCAACACACUCAACCCUGUAGAGGUCUUUGUCUGCAGCACAUCUGAUAACUACCAGUUCCUAAAGGGAAUGAGGAGGCUGGUGGAGAACAGUGGGUACAAGCUGAAGGUUUGUCAUGAGUACAUGAACAGAGGAGACCGCUGGAUGCAGGAUGAGAUAGAGUUUGGCUACAUUGACUCUCCUCACCAACGUUUCCCUGUUGUGCUGGACUCCCCCCGAGACGGAGAACUACAGGAUUUCCCUUAUGAUGUGCUACUGGGCCCAGACUUUGGCUAUGUGACAAGGACAGCAUAUAAUGUGGAAGUGAGCAGCUUGGAUUCGUUUGGUAACCUGGAAGUUAGCCCUCCAGUUAUUGUAAAUGGAAAAAUCUACCCUCUGGGCAGGAUCAUAAUUGGAGUGGCUUUCCCCACGGCAACCAAGGGCCGCAACAUGACCAAAGUAGUGCAAGACUUCCUUUGGGCACAGAAAGUCCAGGAGCCCAUUGCACUGUUCUCUGAUUGGCUUCUGGUUGGGCAUGUGGAUGAAUUCAUGACUUUUGUCCCAGCUCCUGACAAAAAGGGAUUCCGGCUGCUGCUCGCUAGCCCCGACGCAGGCUACAAACUUUUCAGGGGCUUACAGAAUGAUAAGCACGGACAAGCCAAAAUGUUUGACGGUCUUGGAGCAGAAGAAGAGAUUACAGUAGAUGAGAUAUUGAGUGAUGACAAACUCAGAGCAGAAAACAACUAUGUCCAGAGCUGUAUAGACUGGAACAGGGAUGUCCUUAAGAGGGAGCUGGGUUUAGACGACGAUGAUAUCAUUGAUCUGCCCAUCCUUUUCCAUGUGAUGGAGGAGAACAGGGCAGUGGCCUAUUACCCAGACAUGGUGAACAUGGUUGUGUUGGGGAAGAACCUGGGCAUCCCUAAACCAUUUGGGCCCAAGGUGGACGGCCGCUGUGCCCUGGAGGCAGAGAUGACCUCCCUCAUGGAGGGCCUGGGACUCAGCUGCACAUACAUUGAUGACUUUGCCUCCUACCACAAACUGCUGGGAGAGGUUCACUGUGGCUCUAACGUUCGCAGGGAACCCUUCUCCUUCAAGUGGUGGAACCUGGAGAUGUGAGGGAUUUGGGGCAAGGAAUGGUUGUAGUUAGAAAGAGGGAAUAAGACUUGACGUAAACAGCAGCAACAUUCGCCAGCAGCAGUCAUCUUCAAACAACAACAGUCCUUGUACUGUAUUACCCCUUUGUCUUUAUUAAACAUGUAUUUGCCUUUUUUUUUUUUUACAAAAGGAUGAAAAGCUAUAUUUAUAUACAAGACUUUCCAACUUAAACAAGGGCUUGAGCGGAAUAUCAACGAGAACAGAAAUACAAUCAUCUGAAUUAAGCACAUUGUAGGCAGAAUCUGUUGUUUGGAUUGGCUGGGUGCUCAAUCCAAGUGUCUUGCAUUUACAUGUACAAACACAGGUACAGAUGAACAGGACCACAGAGAAAUGUGUAAGUAUAAUCUAGAGCCACCAGAGGGUGUGAUCCAACUAUUCAAGCAUUUCUGAAGACUCGUGAGUUUUAAUACAUUUAUUUUAAGCUUUGAGAUGAAAAUUGUGUUUGAUAUAUUUAGAGUUUCAGUGCCUGGAAUACACACGGACUCCAAAGGCUCUCUUAAGCUGAUGAAAGGUUACUUUCUCAUCUUUCCAAUCACAAUUUCAAUUAAUAGUUUUUUGUUGAAUCAUAAUCUUUAGAAUGGUGUUUAAUAAUAAAUACUUGUCAAACUUACUGUAUUUUGAUGUAGUGUUCCUUACUUACAGAGAUCCUUUAGAUUCAACUGAAAGAUUUCCAAAGGAGUGUAAAAGGUUUAUGCAUUAAUGCCACAACUGACAAAGUGCAACUAAAUUCCAUGUUAGCUUUUGUUCAUUUAAUUUAAAUAAAAAGUAAUGGAAACUAUGCCUUCAUAUCAGGUCUUUUCAUUAUAUAAAUCUGAGAUGAGGGAAAAUGUAAAACAUUACAACAAGAUACAAAGGUUCCAUUCAUUGAGAGCAGAUGUCUACAAAUGAAUACAUAUAUCUGUUUAGUUUUACAUUCAAUCCAGUGGCGAUAUCCACCAUGGGAUAGAUUCCUUAUAUGAAGGGGGAUACCCUCCUACAAAGCAGCUUAAUUAACACAAUCAUUAAAAAGGCCACUUCAAAACUUGUCACAGUGUAAUUAUUUUUAAAAACCAAGUCAGAUUAAAAAAAAUAAAAAUAAAAAAAACAAUUAAUUGAAAAUGUAGUGCCAGUUUCCACAUCUACACUUGUAUCGCCAUAUUUCUCUAUCGAAACUGAUUUAUAGAAAUAAUGACUGUCUGCUUUUCUAGAGAAGUUGGACUGGUUUGAAGAAACAAUCUUUUUCCAGUAUGGUACUGUACAGUUGACAUGGUUUUGCAAGCAGAUUUACACCAUUCACCAUGCAUACACAUCCAAACACAUACUUUAAAACAAACUAGAGGUUUUAAAAAAUAAACUGAAGACAGUAGUCACUGGACAAUAGCUUGGCUUUGGAGGCUGUGUGCUUUGGUUAGGUCACCUUGGAGGAAUGUCUGACUGUGUGGUACUAUCUACAGUAUGGGACAGUGAAGACUGAUGAGUAAUUUAGUU